CAUUGUUCCUUGGUUCUUGCCAUGGCGGAUGAAUCGGCGACGGUGCGCGACAGCAUUCUCUACCUGCUGAGGGAUUUCCACGCCCAGAUUCCUCCCGAUUUCCUGGGCGUCGUCCCGUCGGGGCAGCCGCGCGUCGAGAAUUCUUUCACAGAACCGGAAUGGCUGGCGCAUCUGGAGCUCAACUUCGUUUGCCUGGCGCUGCGCAUGGAGCUGCUGCGAUCUCUUGGCCGGUGCGUUGGGGCAAUCGGAUCGGAUGCGGCGGUUCCAGCGCCCUCAUCGUCCAUAGCAGUAAGAGAAGCUCUCUCGUUGGUUGAGAAGCUGCUGCAAGAACUCGCAACCAGAGAGACGGAACGACUUCCCAAGGAUCCAAACAAGCAUCCCCUCGUUUUGAAGCUAGCACAGAGAUAUGGACUGUCACCCGCCGAGACGUGUUUGUUUCAGCUUCUCUUCGUCCGGGGUGCAUCCAAGGCUCCUGCUGUUCGUGCCGCUCUAGGAGGGAGACAGGAAGACAAGGAAAUGGCGAUGGAUCUCUGUGGUAUGAGCUUGAUGGAACUAGAAGAAUUUCUUGACGACAAACGCACUCAUAUGGUUGAAGGCAUCAUAAUGGGACAGGACGAUUACGAUGGAAAGACUUUCCGUAUGGUGAAGGAAGCUGUCUCUGUGCUGCGUUUACGGCCAAUAAAAACUGAGCAGUGGUUAAAGCUGAGCAAGACGGAGGUCUUGAACGUCGUCGACAGUAGUCACCUCGAAGGCAAGGGGGAUGCCCUUGUAGCUGCAGAAGAUCCUGAAAAUGAGGUGGCCGUUUCAGCUGUGUCAGGCCAAGGAGCAAACAAAAAACGGAAGUUUGAAGAUAUUGAGAGUAUAACUGGCCUUUCCGGCAAGCAAGUUGACGAACUCUUGGCUGGUACCGAGCCAGUAAAAUCGUCCAAGAAAGUCUCGCUACCUGCUGAGCAAGAAAGCGAGAUGAUUCCCGCGGUAGAGACCAGUGAUGCUCAGACAACCGUCGAGAAGGCAUCCAAGGGAGAUCUUCAAGCUUAUGCCUCGAGUCUUGAAUACCUGGAUGACGCAUUUCAAAUGCUAGCUUUGAUGCUGAGGGUCGCAAAGGCUAGACACAAGGAAGAUAUGAAGGAAGCUUUCAAUGAUGAACGCUCUUGGUAUGAUUCUUAUAGGUCUACAAAGGCUGCAAGCAUCCGUGAGCUACAGGCGAAGCUUAGAUUUGCCAAGAAUCGGCUGCAAGAAAGAAUGAGACUUACUGAAGAAGCUGUCAAGCAAGACAAAGGACAAUUGCCACGACUCGAGGCUCUAGCUCUCAAGCUUGGACUGGACGAGUUUGAAAAGGGAGUCGUUUUAAUGCUUACAGCUGUGUCCAUCUCGCCUGUUGUUAAAAGCAUUUUCGAAGGAGACAACGGUGACACUGGCUUUCGGCGCAGCAGCGACUACGUUCAACGUGGGUUGUCUGGUUUGCAGGUGCAAGACAUCCUUACUGUCUAUUUCAAUUCGUUCAAAGAACAGGUUCUAGCAAGGACAUAUUUCUAUAAGUCCAGCAGGCUUGUGUCAAGAGGCCUGAUCAAACUGAGAAAUGCAGUGUACAACAGAGCAAGGUGUGAUUUGAUGGAUCAGCAAGUUGAGCUUGACCGCAGAAUGCUUGACUGGAUUGUUGGUCUCGACACUGAAAUGAACGAGCUUGUCGAUGGGAGCUAUUUAUAUACGCCAAAGAUUCCUAUGGAUCAAGUCGUUCUUCCUGAGGAACAGAAAAAUAUGCUUUUAAAAACAGUCGAGAAUUUCUCUAAAUUUAAGGAUUUUCGGAAAUCGGCAGGUCUCGAGGACAUUAUGAGCUAUGCUGCGGGACUUGUAAUUCUCUUAUGUGGUGCGUCAGGGACCGGGAAAACUAUGACGGUAAAUGCAGUCGCUCAUCACCUUGGUAAACGCGUUCUCCUUGUGGACUUCCGUGCGCUCCACUUAUCCGGUCGUGAAGACAAUUCUGGUGAUAUUCGUGGUUUGUUUCGGGAUGCCGACAUGAACGAUGCCGUGAUAUUUUUUGAUGAGUGCGAAGCGAUUUUUGCUCAGAGAGAGCAUGGAGGCGACAAAAUGCUAAAUGCUCUAUUGACGGAAAUGGAAAGGCACGAGGGCAUCGUUAUGCUUGCAACUAAUCGUCCUCAAGAUCUCGAUGAAGCUAUGCACAGGCGAAUUACUUGUGUUAGCGAGUUUCAUCCGCCAGACCACACACAACGCCGGGAAAUAUGGAAGUUAUCAUGUUCCCGGUUACCUAUGACAAGUAACAUUGACUGGGAUAGAAUAUCAUUAAGAUACGAGCUUACUGGAGGCUAUAUUAAAAAUGCAGUCGUUAGUUCUUUGCUUAUUGCCAUUUCAAGAGAUAGUGCGAAUCCUAUAGUUUCCGAGGAAGAUAUCGUCGAAGGCUGCCGCUUGCAGAUGCGUGGCAGCUUGCAGAUGAAGUCGUUCACACACAGGGUUGUCCCAAAAGCCGGAGUAGACGACCUUGUUCUUUGUACAGCGAUGCGAGAAAGGAUCGAAGGAAUUCUUAAGUUUGAAAAAGCGAGAGCGAUUUUACAAGGACAAUGGGGAUUUCAACAAGAGCGCUUAGGAACUGCAUGCUUGUUUUACGGUUCCCACGGCACCGGGAAAUCUGCCGUUGCAGAGGCAAUAGGAUUUGAGUUAGGACGCCCUUUGAAGGUUAUCAAUUGUUCCCAGUUGAUUUCGCGUGAGAGCAGUGCCAAAACUAGCGCCAAUAUCACCAGUGUCUUCAAGGAUGCAAGGUUGAUGGACGCGGUUCUCGUGCUUGAAGAUUUUCAGAUUAUGGGAAGUGAAGAGGAAGGCAUUGGCAACGGUCUAACUAGCAUUUCUGCUUGGUCUCAUGUAGCAAUAGGAUUGCUAUUGCACGAGCUAGAACGAUUUCCUGGAAUAUGUCUCCUUGUCGCUAACGUUUCCAAGGGAAGCGCCAUUGUCAGACUUGAUCCCGAGCUUGUUCGAAGGCUCAGGUUUGUCGUGGAGUUUAAAAUGCCCGAUCAGUCUAUCCGUGCCGCAAUGUGGAAGAAGAUGCUACCUGCAAAGGCACCUCUGGCCGCUGACAUAGAUUUUGACGAGCUGAGCAAGCGAUUCAACUUUACCAGCGGAGCUAUAAGCAGUGCUACAGUUAGAGCGGCCGCUAAGGCUGCGUUACGCUCUUCUGAUGCGUCUAGAAUUGGACAGAAGGAUCUAGUGGAAGCUGCCGAAGCUGAAAAGGAACACCUCCGGGAUGAAUCGCGUGAGAUCAUGAUGAGAGCCUUCAUCUAAAUGCGGUAACGCUCUCGCCACGCAGUUUCAACUCUUUCUUUUGUCGCAGAGAGAGUCGACGAGCAGUCGUACCAUGACUACUUGUCUGUUUUUGACGUGGUAAUAUAGCUGAGUAUCAUCUUCUUAA